GGCUUUCAAAGCCGGAAGUAAAAGCUGUGCAAAGUCCAAGCGGCAACGUUUAUUCGAUCGACUGCCCGACAACAAGUCUGUUGAGUGUAGUUACGCUAGUAUUUAGUCCACGCGAGGAGGUUAGGUUUACGUCAAUGAUUCUUGUGAUUUUAUAACAGUUAAAAUUUAAGAUUUAAAUGUCAGGAGAAAUACACAAAUCAUGGCUUCAAUCUACAGGUGGAUUACAUAUACUUUAGGCAUAAGAAAAAGAGAUGUUCCCGAAAAUAGAACAGUAUUGGUGGGCAAUAAACUACCAGUUGAGGGAUUUGUCUUCAUUCCACAAAAAUUUCCUGAUAAUACAGUUAAAUCAUCCAAGUACACCUUAAUUAAUUUUCUACCAAAGAAUCUAUUUGAACAAUUCAGGAGAAUCGCAAAUUUCUACUUCUUAAUCGUUGCCUUACUGCAGUUUAUUAUAGAUAGUCCAGUAAGCCCAAUUACAAGCGUCCUUCCGUUGGUAUUUGUCAUCACAGUAACUGGGGUAAAACAGGGCUAUGAAGAUUGGUUAAGGCAUCAAGCAGAUUUUGAAGUAAACAAUCGACCAAUGAGAGUGAUACGUGAUGGCUCAAUUGUUGAUGUUCGAUCAAUGGAUAUUCGGGUUGGUGAUAUCGUUCGCUGUAAAACAAAUCAGGAAUUUCCCUGUGAUAUGGUCGUGCUGUCUUCCGAAAAUCCUGAGGGAGAAUGCUAUGUUACUACGGCAAAUUUAGAUGGAGAAACAAACCUAAAGAUGCAUCGUUCUCUUCCUAUUACUGCGAUUCUGCAAGACGUAGAGAGUCUGGAAUCGUUCAGAGGGUUUAUUGAGUGUGAGCAACCCCACACAGACCUGUACAAGUUCAUAGGGCGAAUGAAAACUUUUGAUUCCAGCGGCCAAGAAUCUGUUUAUCCGUUAAGUCCAGAAAAUGUGCUACUUAGAGGUGCCAGGUUAAAAAAUGUACAAUAUAUUUUUGGAGUGGCAGUAAAUACAGGAGAGCAAACAAAAAUGGCUCUCAACUCAAAGUCCAAAGGGCAGAAAUUCUCAUGUUUGGAAAGGUCAAUGAACAAAUACCUUGGAUCAAUGCUGAUACUGCUUGUGGUGGAGACUUUGUUGUGUACAAUUUUAAAAUAUGCUUAUGAUGCUAACCACGAUUUAAAAACACACUGGUAUUUCUAUAGCAGUGCAGUAUACAAUGGUGCCUAUGACAAAAGUUUCCAAAAUAUAAUGUCAACAUUUCUGUCCUUUUUGGUUCUUUUCAAUUACAUAAUUCCAAUCUCCCUUUAUGUCACACUUGAGCUACAAAAAUUUACUGGGUCCAUGUUUUUUGCCUGGGACAUUGACAUUUAUGAUGAGCAAACUGACCAGCGAGCUAAAGCAAACACGUCCGAUCUGAAUGAGGAACUGGGGCAGGUUGAGUACAUGUUCACGGACAAGACGGGUACGCUAACAGAAAACAACAUGCAGUUCCGACAGUGUUCAGUUGAUGGAGUGAAAUAUGAAGAUGUAAAUGAAAACUUAAAAAUGUUAGGUGAACUAAAAGAUAUGACUGAUUCUGGAAUCGAACAUCAGAAGAAUCUGCUGAAGGAGUUUCUACUAUGCAUGGGCUUAUGUCACACGGUGCAUGUCCACAAAGAUUCGGAAAGGAACGGCAUCGACAGCACCGACAGCAACGUCCCCCUGGACUACCAAGCAUCUUCACCUGAUGAAAAGGCUUUAGUUGAAGCUGCUGCUCGUUUUGGUGUCAAGUUUCUUGGAGGUACCUCUGAGUACCUUGAGGUAGAAAUAGAUUCAAAGGUUAAACGUUAUGAAUUGCUGCAUGUUCUAGAAUUUGACCCAACCAGGAAGUGCAUGAGCAGCAUUGUAAAAACACCAGAAGGUGAAAUUCGUCUGUUGUGCAAAGGGGCUGAAUCAACAAUUCUACAUAAAAGCGUCUCAGGGAAUGUGGAGGCAACUCUACAACAUGUCAACGACUAUGCUGUGCUUGGUUUGCGAACACUCUGCUUCGGAUACAGGAUUUUGUCGCCAGAGGUUUACAACGAUUUCCAUGAAAAACUUGCAGAGGCUUCAAGCAGCCUUGAAGACAGGGAAAAAAAGUUGAAUGCAGUGUUUGAGAUAGCAGAACAAGAACUUCACUUAGUUGGGGCAACUGCUGUUGAAGAUGAACUCCAAGAUGGUGUACCAGAAACAAUUGAAAAACUCAGGGAAGCAGGAAUAAAGGUUUGGGUGUUGACUGGUGAUAAGCAAGAGACAGCUGUGAACAUAAGUCAUUCCUGCGACCACUUUAAAGCCAGCAUGUCUGAACUUUACCUUGUUAAACAAACAGAGCCAGAGCAGAUUUCCAAGUUGCUUUCUGAAUACCGUGAAAUGGUCAAUGGUAGUGGUACGUAUGCAUUUGUGGUAGAUGGGCCUAGUCUGGCUCUAGCCCUUAACUACCAUUCAGAUGAGUUACUGCAGGUGUGUAUCAAGUGCGUGGCUGUCCUCUGCUGCAGAAUGUCUCCUCUACAGAAGGCUCAGACUGUGAAACUUGUAAAGGAAUCUGUGUUAAACCCAACAACAAUGGCAAUUGGUGAUGGGGCUAAUGAUGUCAGUAUGAUACAAGAGGCACAUGUUGGACUUGGAAUUAUGGGUAAGGAGGGCCGGCAAGCAGUGCGAUGCAGUGAUUACGCAUUUGCAAGAUUUAAGUUCCUACAGAAGGUUCUAUUGGUGCAUGGGCCCUGGUAUUAUAUACGGGUUGCCAUGACAGUACAGUACUUUUUCUAUAAGAACAUAGCUUUCAUUACAGCUCAAUUCUUCUAUGCCUUCUACACACAGUUUUCUCAACAGACUGUCUUUGAGAGUUUUUAUUUGACAUUUUACAAUAUUACGUGUACAGCAUUACCAAUUAUGAUAUAUGGAAUUUUUGAGCAACACUUACCAAAGAAAAUGCUGCUAAAUAAUCCACUGUUAUACAAAGAAAUAUCCAAAAACUCAAGGCUAAGCCUUUGGGAAUGCUGCUAUUGGUGUGUUUUAGGUUUCUACCACGCCUUUCUUUUCUACUACGUUCCCAUUUGGUUGCUAGGAGACGAUAUUGCUCUUCAAAAAGAACAACAUAAUUUUGGGAUCUGGAGUUUUGGUACAAUUAUAUUUACAAAUUGUGUGAUCGUUGUCAAUUUAAAGUUAAUUAUUGAGACGUGUCAUUGGAACAUAUUGGCAGUAGCUUCGAUGGUGAUAACAAUAGUCGGCUACCCGACCCUGGCAUCGAUAUACUCAGGAGUAAUUUGGUUCAACGUUACAGGGUGGGAAAUCUUCAGUAGUACUAGCUUAUACUGGGUGUUCUUUGAGGUUCAUAAGACAGUAUCCAUGUGGUUUUGUAUUCUUCUCUCCGUUGGGAUGGCGUUCCUUCCGGACUUCAUCUACAAAAUGUUAAUGUAUUACUUCUACCCAUCACAGAGUCAAAUUGAACGGGCACUGAAAAUGUAAGCUUCCCUGCUGAUCAUCUUCAUAAUGGCUUUGAGUUACAUACAUUUUCCCAUAAUGAACCGCAGAGUUACAUGAGUUAAGAGAAAAAAAGAAAGAAUUGAAAGUAAACGGGGAAACAGUUUCAGAGGAGAAUCUUAAUAUUGGUACCUCAUACAUGCUUAAAUAUAAAGAUUCAGACAACGAAUGCAAGCAAGUGUAUCUGACGGUGCUAUGAUGCCAGUGUGACCAAACUCUCAAUAAUUCUAACAGUAUUGUCUCAAGAUGCCCUCAACUUGCAUGGCCAAGUAAAGAAGAAGGGGGUAAAUAAGGGGGUAGAGAAUAGAGCAUUUGUGAUGCUGAAGGAAGUUUUAGUUUCAAACAGUGGCUGCACCAGCGAGGGGUACAAUGUCCUCGACAGGAUGGCCAAAGUUUCAAUGGAAAGGUCACGUCAGGGGAACAAGGAGACCACAUCUACUUCAGUCUCCUCAUGAUUGGAGCAAAUUUUAUUAAUUCUGUAUGUACCACUAAGUCCCCGAAAAUGCCACUCUCAUACUGUAAAAAUUCUCUUUCAAAGCAGUGUCCUCUGACGAAAUGAUUGGCUGCUUUCCCAACUUGGGGUUUAGGGAUCCUAGUAAAUCAUGUUUAAAUUCUAAUUGUUUGUUUGGUUGCUUAUUAUUCCACAACUUAUAAUUUAUGAAGUAAAAACCAUAAAAAUUUUGUAAAGAGAAAUUCUAAUAAUGCUAUCACCAAAUCUGAGAGGUAGUAAUAGUGAAAAUGUUUAAUUUAUUAUAAGAACAAAAGAUUAUAUUUUUGAAAUUAUGAUUAAAAGAUAAAUUGCAGACAUAUUUUAAAAAGUAUAUUUAAUUAACCAUAAUAUUUAACACUCAAAAUCAUUGGUAGAUUAGUUUUGUUAUAUUUCUUUAGUGUAAGAUUUUACUGUAUAUAAAUGAUGCCCAUCUUCUGAUUCAUAGAAUUAUUUAUUCUUUUACAAAUCUACAAAAUAUUUCUACAAACAAAUUACGGUACAAUUGUUGGUUAGCCAUUGGUUGAAAAUGAGCCUCAGACUCUUCUAGGUGAAACUGCAAAAUAGGGCUACACUAAUAACACAAAGAAUUUGAUACUAUUUCAUUUAUUGUGCUUUAUAGACAUAAAUAAUAAAUAUUUUUCUUGGCAGCAGUCUAAAACUGAGACAUAAAUAUUAGGACUAUAGUAGGAUUAGAUUUAUAGGGUGCAUUAAUUUGAGUAGCUUGGUGGUUAAGAUGCUUGUUUUCCAAUCCCAGAAUCCUGUGUUCAAUUCCUGUCACUUUUACAGGAUUCUUUUUUCUCACGACCAAAACAUCUCCACUCUUAAUGAGACUUAUAUAAAUAAGAUUUAGACCAUCUUGUGUUAAUGUUUGCUUUGUGAAAGGGAAUGUCACAUAUGAGUAGGACAGUGAUAUAAAAUAAAUAUAUAAUAUAAAUAUAAAUAAAGGUACAAAUUAAUAAAGAAAUGCAAUUUAAUGCGAUUACAAAAAACAUAAAUAAUUUGUAUUGUACUUAAUACCACAAGCUAGAAUUCAUACUAAUAGAUAGAGGUAAUGGAGAUGAAAUUAUUUUUGUAUUAAUAGAAAUAUAGUAUGAUUGAUUUACAUAUAUUUUGAAAUAUUUUGUUAGAUUAUUUCAUUGUGACCAUUAAAUUUCUAAAUUCUUUAUAGUGUUUUUAGUUCUAAAGUUGACUGUUACACUUACACUUGUUUAUAAUAUAGUGUCAAUAUUAGUUAUCGCAAGUUUGUGUAUUAUGGACCUUUCCGUAAAGCCCCGCCCCCUUGGAUGCUGUUGCUGUGGUCCAACAAAAAUUAGCGUAAAUGUACGUUAACAUGUGCGUAUGUGGGACAACACGUGUGUUUGUGAGACACGCAUGUAUUCCUGGCCGUGUUCUGAUUGGUCAGUUGUUAAGUUUGAUUGACACUCUGGAAAGGUUCGUAGUAGUUUUUACGUUAGUUUUGACAUUUCUGUUCUCUCAAAGUCCAUGAAGGUACAUGUAAGCUGGACAAGCUUUGUAUUUUUCAUAUCAAAAUUAUACAUAUACGUACGUAUGUAUGUGUGUAUGUAUAAAAAGUAUUG